AUGAAUUCAUUCAAUAAUUUUACAAGUCAUUUGAAACCAAAUAAUAAAAUAAAGAAAGAAAGAGAAUAAUCAUUAAGCCUUAUGAUACCUUAAGUUCAAAGCAUCCCUCUUGAAGGGGAUGACAAUCUAAACACUGUGUAAUAAAUGGCUUCUAAUCAUAUAGCGUUAUCGCAGAGUGCUGCGGAUUAGCAAUCUUCUAAAGGCGGAAAGACACCAAGAAGCAAAAAAUCAUCAAGAUCAAAAGAUUUUAAAAGGAAACUAUAAGAAUUAAAACUUCAUUAAGAAAGUUAGGAGAUCCAUGAGUAAGUAUAGAAGCUAACCACAGUGUAAAAAAUUAAAUAUUAUAUAAAUAAGUUAUUGGAUAAUAAUUAUUAUACUGCAUUUAUGACGUUAGUUACUCUGUAUGCACUCUUUGCAGAUGAUAUUAGAGUCAUUACCACUGAAAAAGAUGAAGAUCCUUAUUUUUGGGGUGCAAGUUGUUUCGCUUUGGCUGCCUUUACAAUUGAAAUUAUACUUUCUAGCAUUGCUAAGGAUGGAUAUUUUCUUGGUUUCUUCUUUUGGUUAGAUUUACUCUCCACUGUCUCUUUGAUUCUUGAUAUAGGUUGGAUAGCAAAUGAAAUUUUCGACGUUAAUUCAGGUGGUAAAGGAAAAGCGUCAUCAGCAGCAUCCUUAGCAAAAGCAAGUAGAGCUUCUCGUGUUGGAACGAGAGCUGGAAGAAUCGUAAGAAUAGUGAGAUUAGUAAGAUUAGUAAGACUUUACAAGCACGCAUAGCAUGCUCUAAAAAAGUAAGCAAAAGAAUUUGAAAAAGAGUAAUUAAGACUAAGAGCUUAGUAGCAGGAUGAAAUGAGAGAUAGAGGAGAUUCUAAAGUCAGCUCAUCUUUCAAUUAAUAUUAAACUCCUCAUGGAUUUAUAGGGAAUUCUAAUCAUUUAAAUAUCCCUGAAAUAUAGUAAAACAAAGCUCUUACUCCAUCAAAUAUUAUUCAUCUUCGUCCUCCAACCUUACCCCCUAUAAAUAUGGAUAUGAGAGGAAAUAGUCACACAAAUCGUAAUAAAGAGAAAAAGCAAACUGUUAUGACAGAGCUUGUUCGCUAACAAUCUUAAAAGAAAUCAACUUUCCUGAAUUAAUUACAGAGGGAAAAAAGCAUUAGAGAAAAUCAAGUUUUACCUUUUAGUUAAGCUUAAGAUAUUAUUUAGUAAGGAGUCCUAAAUGAUAACCACAUCCCUGUUCUUAAUGCUGAACGUCGAAAUAUUGAGAGUGAGCCUGAUAAUAGAGAAAGAGAAAAAUCAAUGAGCAGUUUGCCUGCUAAUAGAUCUAGGAAUAUAAGUUCUUUAAGUGGAAAAAGUUCAGGGAGUAACACUUCAAAAGGUUCAUCUUUUAAUUUAUCUAAGCUACAAAAAGCAGAAACUAAAGUAGGAAAAACACUAUCUGAUAAAACAACACAAAAAGUUAUUAUUAUUGUCUUAGCUAUUUUAAUUAGUGUCCCUCUAUUUACACUUAGUACUUAUCAGGAUCCUAUUGAUUCUUUUGGACCUUCUUUAUCACUUAUUUAUAAUUCACAGUUCAUGAGUCCAGGAAUAUUUGAUCUCACAGUUCAAAACUACAUAGAUUUCCAUACAGCUUACAGAAAUCCGUUAAUAUUAUUAAUGAUUGGUAAUGUAGAGUAUUUCCCUAAAGAUCCAAAUGCAGUAGAUUACAAUAAUAUGAGAGAAGAUGAUUAUACUUAUUACACCUAUUCUGAUGAUAGUGGUAAUGUAUUGAUCACAUCAAUAUCUAGCCAAAGAUAAUCAAAUAUUAUUAACUCCAUCUUAUCUAUUGUUAGGACAGUUACAAUUGCCAUCAUUUUAACAGUCGCAGCUGUACAGUUUAAUAAUGAUGUAGAGUUGUAUUUGUUAGAACCUAUAGAAGCUAUGCUCAAAAAGGUUACUAGAAUUGCUGAAAAUCCUCUAGAAGCAGCUCAAAUGGAAGAAAAAGAAGAAUUUGCUAUUGAAUAGCUUAAGUUAGAAGGAAAAACUAAAGAACUUGAGGAAAUAGAGUAAAAAUCCAAAUAUGAGACAGUCGUUCUGGAAAAGCUAAUUAUAAGAAUAGGAGCUCUUCUUGCUGUAGGAUUCGGUGAGGCUGGUUCAGAAAUCAUAGCUCAAAAUAUGAAAUUGACUGGCUAAGUAGAUCCAAUGAUUCCUGGUAAAAAGAUAAUGGCAGUAUUUGGAUUCUGUGAUAUUAGAAAUUUUACUGAUGUUACUGAAGUAUUAUAGACAGGUGUUAUGAUAUUUGUUAAUGAAAUAGCUUAAAUUACUCAUGGUGUUGUUGAUCAAUACUGCGGACAAGCUAAUAAAAAUAUUGGUGAUGCCUUCCUUUUGGUUUGGAAGUUUAGAGAUAAAGAUUAUUUAAAGCAUAUUGAUGGUACUGUAGAAUUUUUACCUAACGACAUUACUUCAAACUUUGCUGACUUAUCAGUUAUUUCUUUCCUAAAAAUCAUGGCUGGAAUUACUCUUUCUAAUAACCUUAAAAAAUACUAAUAUAAUCAAGGUAUCAAGCAAAGGUUGAAAGGUUACAGAGUCAGAAUGGGCUUUGGAUUGCAUUUUGGAUGGGCCAUUGAAGGAGCUAUAGGUUCUUCUUUCAAAAUUGAUGCGUCUUAUUUAAGUCCUAAUGUUAAUAUGGCUUCUCGUUUAGAAGCAGCUACAAAAUAGUUCGGUACUUAACUUCUCAUCAGCGGUCCUUUGAGGAACGUUCUUUCUGAAAAGUGUCAAAAGGAGCUUAGACAUAUUGACUGUGUUACAGUUAAGGGAUCAGUUGUACCAUUAGGUAUUAAUUAAUAUUUAUAAACAACUUUUUAUUUUGAUACAUUAUAUUAACUUAGAUCUCUAUACAUGUGA